CGGGCGGGACGCCUGGGGCGGCGCGCUGGAGGAAACGCGCCCGCCACAGCCCCGGGAACUACCAGACGCCCAAGUCGGGAACGCGAGACACCGCGUCCCCAUUUGCCAGGGGUGCGGGGUUAGAGGCGCAGUCCCGGGCCGUGGCCGUCGUGAGCCGGCCGGGCUUCUCCUCCCGCUCACCCCGCCCGCCGGCCUCUCGGCGCCCGGGGCCCGCGCCGCCAGCCGCCCGGAUCCGCCCGCCGCGCCCCCUCCCCGCCCCCCGCGAGCCCCGGCCGGCCGCGAGCUGAUGUCGUGAGCUCGCCGCCCGCGGGCUGUGCGCCCGGCCAGGGGCUGCCUGGGAAGUUGGGGCGAGGCGCGCCGGGUAUGCGCCAUCACCAUGUCCCGCCUGGACUCGUGGCUCGGUGAGGUCCAGUGGCUGGGCUUGGUGGCGCUCUUCGUCGUGGCCUUGGGCACUGUGGGCCUGUACCUGGCGCAGUGGGCGCUGGCCAGGGCGCGACCCCGCUCCCCGAGGCGGGCGGCGGAGCCCGGCGAGGGCCAGCGCCCCGAGUCGGAUGCGCUGCUCGCCUGGAUCCUGGCGCUGGGCAGCUGGAGGAACCAGUGGCAGGCCGCCUGGGUGACCGCCCUGAACGAUGAGGCCAGACGGAAAGCGGGCCCGCCACUCCUCUGCUUCCAGGAGGACCCGCUGCAGCAGCCCCUGGAGCUGGCCAUGGGACAAGUGUCCAGCGUGGCCCAGUCAGCCCAGGAGAAGGUGGUGUUUUGUCAUGUGGUGGCCGAGACCAUCCAGUUCCUGGUCAGCGUGGGGCUACCCUCGUCCGAGGACACGGGGCGCCCGCUCUACAGUGUGCGGCUCUCCCCACUUCAUCUACAGCUGGAGCUCCACAUGAAGGAGAAGAGAGAAGACAUUCAGAUCAAGUGGUCCUUCAUCAGCGCACCAGAGAUGGCCAUUACGAUCCAGCCCAAAGCACCAGGGGAGGACCAGGCGGUUGGGGCAGAUGCAGUCUCUGAAAGUCUCAAGGAUAUUUUGAAGCACCUGGUUAGCUCUGCCUCCCCAUCAGUGGUUCUGAGCACAAAGCCUAUGGAUGUGAGGGAAGUUCAGCAUCUGCAGCGCACUUCGUCUACUCAGGAAUCCUGCCCUCCCAAACCUCCAAGGGCUCAUGAGCUCAAACUAUUGGUGAAGAAUAUCCGAGCCUCGCUGAUGAGCCAUCCUGGUGCUUCAGGCAACAUUAACCCAGUAUGUGUAGUUCAGCUGAAUGAUCCCGUCCAGAAGUUCUCCAGCACCCUCUCGAAAAACACUACCACCCUCACUUGGGAAGAAGAAUUCACCUUUGAGUUGAAUGCCAAGUCGAGGGAGUUGCACCUGCAGAUUUCAGAGGAUGGGCAGUCCUCAGAAGCUCUGUUGGCGAUGACGACUGUCCCCUUGGAUUUGUUCAAGAAGCAGCCUUCUGGACCACAGAGCUUUACGCUGACCAGCGGGUCCUCCUCGGGCAGCUCAGCAUUGGGUUCGGUCACUGCAGAGUUUUCUUACAUCGAACCCGGUGAAGCGAAAUCCUGGCAAAUGCCUCCACCUGUUCCUGCUGCAAAGAUAGAAAAAGACCGCACGGUGAUGCCGUGCGGGACCGUGGUCACUACUGUCACUGCCGUGAAAACCAAGCCUCGCUUCGAUGCAGGGAGGGCGUCCCCGCUGAGCUCCGAAUCUCCCCUGAGAACACCUGUCAAGGUGAAGGUCAUCGAGAAGGACAUCUCCAUCCAGGCCAUCUCCUGCCACGGCGCCCCCGUCAGCAAGAUGUUCUCUUCCUCAGAUACAGAGCUACUGGUGCUGAACGGUGCCGACCCGGUGGCCGAAGUCGCCAUCCGACAGCUCAGCGAGUCCUCGAAGCUGAAGCUCAAAUCCCCGCGGAAGAAGAGCACCAUCAUCAUAUCUGGGGUCUCCAAGACCUCGCUAUCUCAGGACAACGACGCCUCCCUGAUGCUGGACUACGCAGCCUCCAUGGACAGCACCCGCCAGAAGGAUGCCCCGGACCAGCCAGGGGCGGCCGUGGCCUCUGCCCCGCCCGAGGAGGAGGAGGAGGAGGAGGAGGAGGAGGAGGAGACCCCAGCAGGGGCCCGACUGGCCCUGGAGCCCCAGGAGACUGAGCUGGACUCCUGGGACUCGGAGAAGGAGCCCCCGGCCGGGGCGUGGGGUGGCCAGGCCCCGCUGGAGCCCGCUGGGGACGAGCAAUCGGAGAGCUCCCUGAGCGUGUCUGAGCUGGAGCCGGGCGCUUCCCAGAAGCGUAAAGGAGGGAUUUUAAGGAAGGGCGCGAAGCUGUUCUUCCGCCGGCGGCACCAGCAGAAAGACCCCGGCCUGAGCCAGUCCCACAACGACCUCGUGUUCCUGCAGCAGCCGGCAGGGCCGCGGAGGAAGGGGGCGACGCUGGCCCGGAUCCUGAACAAGAAGCUGCUCUCCAGACACCGGGGCCAGAGCACCGCAAACGGCGCCCCCCUGGACCCCUGCCCGUAGGCCGGCGCACGCCUCCUUCCCCGCGAUGCUGCAGACGUGGACCCUCCGUAACCACCCGCCAGGACACAGCCAGAGAGCCCGCGAGUUGUGGACGGCCUCCCUGUCCCCAGUCUAGCUGGGUUUUUUCCAACAAUUUCAUCUUUUAAAGGGGGAAAAAAAAAACCCAACAAUCUGAGUCUCCAGCCAAGAGGUUUCCCUCGGAGAGAACCUACAAAGCCCAAUUUGCCACCGGAAGCCACGAGACCCGACGGC